ACACAAUCUCCGUGCAAAGUUCAGACCUUGAGUUGACAGACACCACACCAGCAAUGGCCGGAGCAGUAGACGAUCUGAAGCUGCUGGGCGCGUGGUACAGCCCGUACGUCCUGCGAGUGCGCCUUGCCCUCAGCAUCAAGGGCAUCAGCUACGAGUACGCAGAGGAGGACCUCCAGCACAAGAGCGAGCUGCUCCUCCGGUCAAACCCCGUCCAUAACAAGGUCCCCGUGCUGAUCCACGGCGGCAACCCCGUCUGCGAGUCGCUGGUCAUCCUACAGUACAUCGACGAGGCUUUCGGCGGAGCCGGCCCCGCCCUCCUCCCGGCCGACCCCUACGAGCGCGCCGUCGCCCGGUUCUGGGCCGCCUUCAUCGAGGACACGCUCGUGAAAGCGAUGAACCAGGCGUCAUGGAGCAAGACGGAGGGGGAGAAAGUGGAGGGGAACAAACAGGCGACUGCUGCCUUGAACACCCUGGAGGCGGCCCUGAGGGAUAUCUCCAAGGGGAAGAAGCCCUUCUUUGGAGGCGACAGCGCCGGGUAUGUGGACAUCAUCCUCGGCGGCCUCCUCGCAGGGGUGCGCGCCAUGGAGGCGAUGCUGGGCGUCAAGGCCUUCGACCCAGUCACGAUGCCGCUCCUGGCCGCGUGGGCAGACCACUUCGGCGCGCUGGACGAGGUGGUGGCCGUGAUGCCGGACGUGAGCAGGCUGGUGGAGCUCUUCAUGACGAUGCACGCUCAGAUUGCGGCCGAGGCCGCCACAGCAAACUAAUUACUACUCUCCAUUAUUAAUUGGACCCAGAUAUCUCGCAAACGUCAGAUAGUGUCUAAAAAUCUGCGUCAGAAUUUUAGCCUUCCAUAUUAUUUUAGCAAUUCUCGUGAAAAUUGCACUUCACGUUUUUGU